AUGAUUGACAUCGACAAUGUAAGCCUGCCUAUGCUUAUUGGAGGAUUUAUUGGUUUCGUAACUGUGAUGGGAGCCGCCAUAAUAUAUGUAGCGAAACAAGAGAAGAAAGGAGAACAAGAAGAAGUAGAUGUCGUGAUGGACGAAGUAACAGAAACCGUAACGAGCGAGGAACCAGCUAAAAAGAACAAGCAUCAAAGAAAGAAUGAUCAAUGGAAGACCAAAGAACCGUCUUUUUCACACGACUGGAACGUUGCAAUGUUAAAAGGGCAUACGAAAGACGUUACUGAUAUUGCCUUCGCAUCAGAUGGAAAAAAAUUCGUAUCGAUUUCUGGGGAUCGUACAGUGAUUCUUUGGGACGUGAGAGACUUUGAAAACAAGGAGCACAAGUCUAUCCGACAAAUUGUAGAGUACGAUACUCCGACUCGUGUUGUUUUCGCUCCGGAUUGCAAAAGCGUUGUAUUCAGUGUUAAACGCGAAAAUAAGUUGUGCGUAUACAAGCUCGCCAAGAAAACAGAAGGAUCAGGAUCUCAUCACUUCGUGCAUAUCGACAACUUAGAAUUCGAAAGAGUUCAUCAGGUCGAUAUUCAAAACAUCGGAAUUGCAGGCAACGCUAAGUACUUGAUGAGUGCUGCGCUUGACAACAAGAUUUGCUUAUACGAUCUUCGCGGUCAACUUUUGAAAUCAAUCGAUGCAAAAGUAAGCAGUCUAUAUGACUGUCGUCUCUCUCCAGAUGGUCGUUUCAUUAUUGUUUCUGGAUUCACACCCGACGUUUUUGUUUUCGAACCAGUUUUCACAAGAGAUGGAGUUUUCCAGAAUGCAAAAAAAGUUUUCAGUCUCAGCGGUCACCAAUCAGGAGUUCUCGCAGCUGCAUUCAACACUUCUUCUACUCGUGCAGUCACCGUCUCAAGAGACGGCAAGUGGAGAAUAUUUGACACAGAGAUUCGAUAUGAAGCGGGUCAGGACUCGAAAAUUAUUAGAGAAGGAAGCUGGGAGCCGCUUCGAGGUGCGACCAGUGAGAAGGUGCGAUUAGAAAUGAGUCCAAGUGGUGACUCAUUCGCUAUCUCUUUCAUGACAGAUUUGAAAGUAUUCUGUUCAGAGGAUGAAACAAAGGACUAUCCAGAGUUGAAAGAUAUCUGUUCAACUACGAUCAGUUCAAUUGCCUAUUCUUCUGAUGGAAAAUACAUUGCGACGUGUGGUGACAAAUAUGUUCGCGUUAUUCGAAAUGUCCCCGAAUGGCACAGUCGUGUUGUGAAGCUCAGUCGUGAGCUGCCAGAAUGCACACAAGAAGGAGCUCGGCGUCGCAUCAAGGAGCAGAUCGAGGAAGCUCAGAAACUAUUGAAGCAGUUUGAAUAA